AUGUACAAAAGCAAGGCGGAUCAGACGCUACGAAUCACGUCGCUGCAGAUCGAAAGCGCAUCGUGCAACCCAUCCAGCCCCAGGGACUACUCCUCGCCGCGAAGAGAAUGUGCCAAGUGGCAAUGGCAAGAGGACAGCGAGGCGAUGAUAUGCAGCAUCGCCGAGUGCGGGAAGGAGAUCGAGAGUAAGCUCACGGCGCUGUUGAAGGGCAAAUCGUCUCGUCAUCACUGUAGGAUGUGCGGGAGGAUAGUGUGCGCUGACUGCUCCAUGGGUCGGAAGCUGUUGCUGCCAGCCACCGGGCAAGGGCUCGCGCGGCACGUGAGGGUCUGCGCUGCCUGCAUGCAGAUCGGGGAGAACUUCAAGUAUGAGAUCCCAGAUCUUUCUCGCAGCUCCUCAAUGCCCAUGGGCCUCGGGCGCCAGUCCCGCUCAGUACCCUCCAUUGUAGACCUCCUCCCCUCCGCUGAGUCGUCCUCCACGUCGAGCUCGCCUUCCCAGCACAUGGAAUCGAAGGAGAUGGGCCCUGGUUCCCUGAGCCUGGCGGGCAACACGGAGGAGACUUCCUCGAACUCUGCCCCUACCGUCCUCAACAAGAACGAGCUGGCUGCUUCAGCAAGGACGCAGGAGGAGCACUCUCCGAUGGAGGAGCAGAUCUCCCGGGCAGAUACUCCUUCCAUGCAGGAGGGCAAGAUUGGUGCGGUCACAGACGAGGACGCAGAGGAGAGGAGGAUCGCGCGGCUGGAGGGCAACUUGAAGAAGUUCAGCUUCUAUGAGGGGAUGAAGACCCACGAGCCGCAGGCGCUGCGAGCGCUGCUGAAGCUCUCGGUGAACGAGAGUUAG